UCUGGCGGGAGGAGGGGUUGUAGUGACGCUUUUAUCCAAUGGGCACCGGCUUCUUCUUGGACGGAGCGCAGCGUCCUCGGCUCAGCGGCACUUUUGCGUCAGACAAGUAGUAGGGAACGUCUCCCGCUUAUAGCAUCCGAGAAGAAACAGGGAAUUACUGAGAGAUAUUUGGCCAAGGCUCCUCUCUCCUCGUAUUUUUUUUUUCCUCACGCGUGAUAGUACUUGCAAAGAUGACCGUUGGCUGCGUCAUCCUGGCGUGCACCUUACUUGUGGGCACAUCCAUGGGGACUAAGACAGGUCAAUCCCCUCGCCCCCCCUGCAGACCAGGCUUCUCCCAGAACUUCUACACAGUAAUCAUCUCGAGAGAUGUGCUGCAUGGCCACAGCAUCCUCAAAGAUACCACCCUGUCCAGUGAACGUGUGAAGUUUGAGGAUUGUCAGCACAGCAGAGAUGUGGCCUUCAUCAGUAGUGACCCUAAAUUCAGUGUUCGACCUGAUGGCACCGUGUAUACUGACCAGGAGGUGGGCAACCUGUCAGAGCCAGUCCAGUUCAUGGUGACAGCUCGGGGGUUUCAUGACCCUCGCAUCUGGGAGACAACUGUCAAACUAGCCUUGGCUGGACAUCCACCGCCUUUACCUCUGACUAAGGUUGGUAUUGAAGAAAUGCUGUCAAGAGCCUGGGACUCCCAACCCAGAGUUAUCAAGUUUCCUCGCAAACAUCAGAGGAGCUUGUCUGUAAACGGGCUGAGGAGACAGAAGAGAGACUGGGUCAUCCCACCUAUCAAUGUGCCUGAAAACUCCCGAGGACCAUUCCCUCAGAUGCUUGUCAGAAUCCGCUCUGAUCAGGACCAGGACAUUGGAAUCCGUUACAGUAUUACCGGAGCCGGUGCUGAUCAACCCCCCAGUGAUGUCUACAACAUAGAUCCUAUCCAUGGAAAGAUGUACGUCACUCGACCCUUGGACAGAGAGGAAAGGGCAUCCUACCAUCUGCGAGCCCACGCAGUGGACAUGAAUGGUAACCAGGUGGAGAAUCCAAUUGACCUGUACAUCUAUGUCAUCGACAUGAAUGACAACAGACCGGAGUUUCAGAACCAAGUAUACAAUGGCUCAGUGGCUGAAGGAUCCAAGCCAGGCUCGUCUGUGAUGCAGGUGACAGCCAGCGAUUCGGACGAUUACACCACAGCUAACGGCAUGGUGCGCUACCGCAUCCUCUCACAGACACCCCACAGCCCCAUCCCCAACAUGUUCACCAUCAACAGCGAGACAGGAGACAUUGUUACCGUGGCAGCCGGGCUGGACAGAGAGAAAGUGUCCCAGUAUACUAUAAUUGUCCAAGCCACUGACAUGGAGGGAAACUUGAACUAUGGUCUCUCCAACACAGCUACAGCCCUUAUCAGCAUUACUGACAUCAAUGACAAUCCUCCGGAACUGACGGUCAGGACGUUUUCUGGAGAAGUGCCAGAGAACAAGGUAAAUGUGGUGGUAACCAAUUUGACAGUGGUAGACAGGGAUCAGCCACACAGCCCCAACUGGAAUGCUGUCUACCGAAUCGUCAGCGGAGACCCUUCCGGUCACUUCACCAUUCGCACGAACCCUAUCACCAAUGAGGGGAUGCUGACAGUUGUCAAGGCAGUGGACUUUGAGAUGAACCGAGCCUUCAUGCUGACAGUGGUGGUGUCCAAUCAGGUCCACCUGGCCAGCGGAAUCCAGUCCUCGCUUCAGUCCACAGCAGGAGUCACCAUUUCUGUCCAAGACGUCAAUGAGCCUCCCAUCUUCCCUGUCAACCCCAAAAUGAUUCGCUUUGAGGAGGGAGUGCCAGCAGGGACCACCUUAACUGUGUUUGGUGCCCAGGACCCUGAUCAUUUCAUCCAUCAGACUGUCAGGUACUCCAAGCUGUCAGAUCCAGCUAACUGGCUGAAGAUCAACAGGACAAAUGGCCAGAUCACCACCAUGGCUCUCCUGGACCGAGAGUCCAUAUAUGUCAAAAGCAAUGUGUACGAGGCCACAUUCCUGGCCUUCGACAAUGGUAAGUCUGGCUCCCCUCAAGCCAGCGGGACAGGAACCCUUCAGAUCUACCUGAUCGACGUCAAUGACAACGCACCGGUGCUGAUACCUCGGAAGGCCCAAGUGUGCGAACGUGCAAGGCCCAAUUCCAGGGUGAACAUCACAGCUUCUGAUGCUGACGCCGACCCCAAUGUUGGACCGUUUGUCUUCGAGUUGCCAUCCUUUCCCCCUAGCGCUCGUAGGAACUGGACCAUUUCAAGGCUCAGUGGUGACUACGCUCAGCUGAGACUGAGGAUUCCCUACCUGGAGGCAGGCGUGUACGAUAUUCCUGUCAUCGUUUCCGACUCGGGGAACCCUCCUUUGUCCAACCGCUCAGUGAUCAGAAUUAAAGUGUGUCCUUGUGAUGAGAACGGCGAUUGCAGCACCACAGGGGCUGUGGUAGCUGUGGGCCUCGGCACUGGGGCCAUCAUUGCUAUACUCAUCUGCAUCAUCGUCCUGCUCAGCAUGGUUCUGCUGUUCGUGGUGUGGAUGAAGCGCAGAGAGAAGGAGCGCCAGGCAAAGCCCCUGCUGAUCGACCCCGAGGACGACGUCAGAGACAACAUCCUCAAGUAUGAUGAGGAGGGAGGAGGAGAGGAGGACCAGGACUAUGACCUGAGCCAGCUGCAGCAGCCAGAGUCUCUGGAACACAUCAUCAAUAAACCGGCGGGGGUGCGCAGGGUGGAUGAAAGACCUGUGAUUGCUGAGUCGCAGUACCCCGUCAGACCCACUCUUCCCCACCCUGGAGACAUAGGAGACUUCAUUAAUGACGGUUUGAGGGCAGCAGACAAUGACCCCACAGCUCCUCCUUAUGACUCCCUGCUGGUGUUUGACUAUGAGGGGAGCGGUUCUACUGCCGGAUCCGUCAGCUCGCUCAAUUCCAUCAGCUCAGGAGACCAGGACUAUGACUACCUCAACGACUGGGGUCCUCGCUUCAAGAAGCUGGCCGACCUCUACGGAGGCGGAGACGAUGACUGAGAGCGGACCGGGGUGGGCGGGGCUGCGGCCAGGGGGUCGGGAGAGGCAAGAUCGCUUGGCAUCGGAUUGGAUUCUUGCCAAAACCACAGGCAGGGGCCACGAAUAUGACACAAGCUCCACUGGAGACGUGGAGGAAUGGACCCUAUCUUGGGCGGCGUUAGUUUGCUUACAGCAGCUGAGCCCUCAAACUUGUAUUUCGCUGCAGCGCAACUAUGUUCUGGCUUUAUAUUUUUGGUGGCAAGUUUGUACUGUAUUUUUUUUCUUUAUGUUCUCUUACCGUGCUGGACCUGGAACUCACUGGGGACAAAUCAAUAUGGUCGAGAGAGACAAGAAUCGUGAAUUUGUGCUUUGAUUGAUUGUUUAAACUAAAUCAUCUCUUGCUUUGGUCUCACGCUCACAAGAAUGUUUUUGGGACGACACGCUCAGACUCCCUUUCACUCUGUCAACUUGAAUUUCCUUAGAACAGAAGCACUGUCAUUUUAUAAAGUGCCUUUUGUGGUGUGUUUUUGUAUCAGACUCCUGCUAUCUCAGGAUCGGUUGCCAUUUGUGUAGUGCAGCAGAGGCCCUGCGCUCCUGAAGCAGCCCUGCUGGUCGCUCUCCUCUCCCCCUGCACAGCAUUGCAGAAGACAAACCCCAGUGACCACUCCCAGGAGGGAAGGACCCAACUGGGGCAGACUCUACAAUAUCAUCACCGUCUCAAUUAUGGCCCAAAAGACCCCAGCCAGAGUUGUUUUGGACAAAUCAAGGACCAUUUUGGAUAAGUGUAACCUGUCAACACGAUUACAUCGCCAUGCUGACAGUGUGUGAGAGCAUUUUUUAUACCUGUGGGGGUUUUCUACUUUCGUGGAGAAUGCCUGCCUUUUCUCUGCGGACUUUAGGAGCCUUCACAUUGAAACGUUUGCCUGCCCUGUAUGGUUUUAUUUGUGUUGCUUUCUCCAUGAUGUAAAGCUCUUAAGUAGGAAUCAGACUGUGUAAGAAAGUGGAAAUUAGUUGGCAAAGAGGAAUUUGGGAAUUGGUAUUUUUCCGCUGUGAACAUUCCCAUUUUUACAGGCCACUUCAACUAUUAAAAGGUGCAUGAUUUUUUUUCUGAUCCCCCCCCAAAAAAAACAAAAAUUUUAUUGAACGCACUUGUUACUAUGUGGUGAGAAUGUGAAAAUAGUCAGCGGAAACUAUAUGAGUAUACUCUGUAUAAAGACACUGAAAAAAGGAAGAAAAAAAUACUGUAAGAUACCUAUUUUUGAAGUAUUGAUGACAUAAAAGUUGCUGCUCUCUCUCUGUCUUUCUCUCUCUCUCUUUCUCAUUAUUGGGCUUCAGAAUGAUUUCUGGCCCAAUCAACUUUAAAAAAAUCUUUGUCUUUCUGUUUAAGCUUUUUCAAAGAUGCCUGCAUAUUUUUUUUCUUGUUGAUAUUUCUGUUUCUUCUUUUAUCAGAUUAUUUUCUACACCCUUGUAGAAUGAUUUGUGAUACUCCUUUUCUAUAUAAAGCAACCGAUCCCUUUCACACGUUCUCGUUUGUCUGGCGGACAUAUUGGUACUGUUGACCUUUGGCCUCGGGGCAGUGGAAGGUUCAUUAGCCAUGCCUGCUGAUAGUUGUUCUAUUAUUCAGUGUAUUGGAAUUCCUUUAUUCCUUCACUUAGGUACUGGAUGUGUGCUUUAAAAAAGAAAAGAAAAAAGAAGACAAAAUAAACAUAAGACAUGCUUUGAAA